UAUUUCAGCAGAGUAAAGGGAGCGAAGCGGAGAGUAACUCCAUGUUCUGUAUGUAAAGGGCAGGGAAAUCAAUGAAAGGCACGGAAAAACACAGGCAAACCGAAGGGACCUGACCAGAAGAGAUGUGAAGGGAGCCCUUUGGCAAUGCCGAUGUUUUAAAUGCAGUUGCAAGUGCAUUUAAUGUGCGGCGGCUCUAAGGCGAGUGGGGCAAUGCGCUGAGCUGCGGUAGGAAAGUCCGUCAAAGUUUGAGACGCGGCUCUCCGUCGAGCAGCCGCUGGAAGUGACAAGCCAGGAGCGGGAUCUACCGUGAAUGCCUGCGGAUUAUAACUCUUCUGGGAGAAGCCAAGAGAUCGGCAAGAGAAUAAAGACGAUUGCGGAUCCCACGUUUUGCGCUUAUUCUGACAUUCAUUGACAACUGUUGUAAGAAGCUGUUUUAUCGCAGGAUAUCGGCCAGGUGUCCGAUGUGGGACCCGAAUGGGAUUCAUGCCACUAUAGCCUCCUACAUAUAUCCCUGAUUUUGGUUUCCACAAAUGCGCUUGAAGAAACCAGCCUUUCUUCGCUUAGGAUUUUAAACCAAGACUUGCAUUCGGAAUUACAAUCAUGAACUUUGUUUUCGGUUUAAUGCUGUUAUUUUCCACGACGCUUCUAUACUUGUCAGCUGUGAAGACUGCACCCACAUCUAAAGAAGAAGGCAAAAGUGUGAUUCCUUUCAUGGACGUGUACAAUAAAAGCUAUUGCCAGUCGAGAGAGAUCCUGGUGGACAUUCUGCAGGAAUACCCCGAUGAGAUCGAGCACAUCUACAUCCCAUCCUGCGUGGUUCUCUCGCGUUGUGGAGGCUGCUGCAACAACGAGGCCCUGGAAUGUGUCCCUACAGAGACGUAUAACGUCACUCUGCAGGUUAAACGACUCAAACCCCUAAGACAAGAGAAUAAUUUUCUGUUGAGUUUCACAGAACACAAAUCAUGUAAAUGCAGACCAAAGAAAGAAGUUAUGGAACAGAGAGAACAAAAACCCAGGAAGGGCAAAGGCCUAAAGCGAGACAGAGACAGAGACAGAGAACCCCAAUGUGAGCCUUGCUCAGAGAGAAGAAAGCGCUUGUUUGUGCAGGACCCCAUCACCUGUCAAUGCUCCUGCAGAUACUCUGAGCUAGACUGCAAGUACAAGCAGCUUGAGUUAAACGAACGAACUUGCAGGUGCGACAAACCCAGGAGAUAAGAGCCACUCAAAUGGACACUGAAAUGAAGGAAUCGUCUUGGCACAGCACUUUGAACCUUGAUUAUUUUCUCUAAAGAUGCAUUCCUGAACUGAGAUAAAAAAAGACAUAUAUAUAUAUAUAUAUAUAUAUAUAUAUAUAUAUAUAUAUAUGAAAAAGGAAGAACAUCUUUGAAUGUUUUGCUGCUAAAAUAGAAAGUAACCUUUAUAGAAAACAAACGAGGACACCGUCUGGUGCAUGGAGCAUGGUAGGAUUCAUCUUAUGUAAGGAUGCGGGUCUGCUGUGGAUGUUGUGGGCCGGACAGAAACAAAGACACUGAUUUACUGCGCAAUGAACAGAGCUCAAUGGGAAACUGAGCGGGCGGAUGACCCCAUCCAAGUCAUUUCCAAAGGAUGAUGGGGAGAUUCAGCAGAAGGGCAUAAGUUGGAAGACUGAACUGCGUUUGUUGUGACAUCACAUCCUGCUACCCAGAGAAACUCCACUGUAGUGGUGGCAUUUAUCCACCUAGAUGAUUACUGACUAACACAUAGUACUUGGUGUGUAAAAUAUUUUUAAAGGGAUAUUAACUGUAGGUAUAUACUGAGAAAGACAGAACCGUAUUCCAUGAAGAGGCCCAUAGUUUGUAAGUUCACUGCAUUAGUAUUCGGUUUUCGUUUGCUUAUGGAAAUGCUUUUAUGGUCUGUUUAUUUCCCAAAGAUCAAAAAUCUAACCUUUAUGAGAGCUACAGGAUACCGUUCUAUAUACACACUUAAUAUCCCUUAUGGAGUACACUACAGUUAAUUUAUAAUGUUAGAAUUUUUUUUCAGUAUUUGGUCUUUAUUUAAUUGGAUUUAUUUAUAUGUAGUGUUACAGCCUUCUCUGUGGUAAAUGUUUUACCUGUCUGCUUGGCUAUCUGGUGAGAACUGCGAAUGGAUUUUUGUUAAAAAAAAAAACAAAAAAACGAAAAGAUAAAACCCCAUGAAUACAUUCCUGGAAGUGAAAAGCAUCAAAGGACGGCAGCUUCCUCUUCAAACAGGAAGUUAGCCGGAGGGUCGGACUGCGGUUCUGUGCUCCUGCCUCCUGAUACUACACGCCUGUGUCUGAGUCUCUGCUGCGUUAACUAACACUGCGUCUCCCCCUCUGUAACACAUUCUGCCUCUACUAAAGCCACGAACAUCCUGUGUCAGUGAUCAUUUAAGUUUUAAGGGUUUUUUUUUCCACAUUAUUAUAUAUUUAUUGGUGCUGUAAAUUGGUAAGUUUAUUAACAGCAGGCUUUGUUUUUUAGUGAUAGCAAAACAUAUUUAUUUUGAAAUUAUGUUUUUUAUUAAAGGAAAAUUGGAAUUCGUC